UGACUGUAACCGACCUAAUUAGUCCAGUCGAUGCGAUAACCGCUUGACCGGUCCAACGAGAGUAGCAGAUCUGAGAUGAACAUAAACGUCCACGAAGAUGACCGAUCGGCAGUUUUCAAUCAUGCCCCGGACUGUCUAAGAUCGAAGGGUCUUCCGAGAUGUACCUGCGAUGAUUUGCCAAUCUUUGAUUGUGAAGAGGAAUCACCUCUAAUAACAUACCAAAACUACAGCGAAGGGCCCGAUGUUAGCUAUCUCACGGAUAUUCAUUGCCACGAAAGUAAACCUAUUCAUUCGAAUGCAAGAGCAAGAAAGAAACUGGUCGUAGCAAGCGUGGUUUGCCUUCUUUUCGUGAUCGCAGAAGUUGUCGGUGGUUGGCUUGCUGGUAGUUUGGCCAUUAUGACAGAUGCUGCUCAUAUGUUAUCUGACUUUGCGUCAUUCCUAAUCAGCCUUUUUGCUAUCUGGGUUGCCCAGUGGCUUCCAGAUAAAAGGAGGACAUUUGGCUAUUACAGAGCAGAGGUACUUGGUGCACUUGUGUCAGUGCUUAUCAUUUGGGUGUUAACCGGAGUGUUGGUGUAUCUUGCUGUGAUAAGAGUCUUGUCAAAGGAUUUUACGAUAAAUGCAGAUAUCAUGCUUAUCACAGCAGGCACAGGAUUAGGAGUGAAUAUCUUGUUAGGUAUUAUUCUCCAUCAGACAGGCAUUGGACAUAAUCACAGCCAUGGUGGUGGAGGUCACAGUCAUACAAGCACCAGUCAUGCUAGCCAUAAUGGGAAAUUUGAAUCCGUUUCUACCAAUCGAAUUUUAAGAAGUGGAAGCCUGUCUGGAAAACAAAACAUCAAUGUGCGAGCUGCAUUUAUUCAUGUUUUAGGAGACAUUGUUCAGAGUGUGGGAGUCCUUAUUGCAGCAUACAUCAUCAAAUAUAAGCCCGAAUGGAAGCUUGCUGACCCUAUCUGUACAUUCCUUUUUUCUCUGUUGGUUCUUCUAACAACUCUUAACAUUCUCAAAGAGACAAUUCAUGUUUUGAUGGAAGGCACUCCCAAAGAUAUCAAGUACAAUAAUGUCAAGGUGUCACUGGAGGGUAUUGAAGGAGUUGUGGCAGCACACAGUUUACACAUCUGGUCCCUGACAGUCAACAAAGCUGCUCUAGCUGUCCAUUUGGCAAUAGAACAAGGAUAUGACUCACAGAAAGUCCUCAACAUUGCAAAUCAGAAGUUGAAGAACGACUUUCAUAUUUACCACAGUACUAUUCAAGUAGAGCUGUAUCAGGAAACUGUGAUGACUAACUGCUCUGAGUGUCAAGACUUGCAAGACUAAAUUUUUCAGGUGUAGAUGAUGGCAUGGUGCGAGGUCUGGGUGCUGGUAUCACCUUUAGGCACCACAAUUAUGGUCAAAUAAGUAAGCCCUGUAGUUCUUUUAAAUAACCCUUUAACUCCAGGAGUGAUAAACAUGUAACUUCUCCCUUCUAUAUCCAUACAUUAUCCAGUAAACAAGU